GGUUGUUACCGGCCACACCAGAGCCAACACUCGAACGGGCAGCAUGUUCUUUCUUCCAGCACCAUCUCAGUCAAUAGUCAGUCAAUAGUGACCGAGGAGUACGGAAGACAAACCGGCCCUAGACUCGUUUCUGUUCAGUGAAAUGUGAUUAGUGUGAUUGCAACGACGACUGUGCUUUAAGGAUCUAAAUUCUAAAUUACGACUCGUUAUGGACGUGAGUUGGGAUGAUGCCGCAUGGUGGGCGGAAGCUCAUGAGGAGGACACAACAAGGACGUUCGAGUUAGAGUCAGAGGACGGUACUUGGGUGAACGGGUUUCUACCUCCGCCUCCUAGGCCGCAUUUCUUAGACCGUGACAUACCCACAGAUGGGCUUACCACAUGUGAUCUCUGCACAUGGGCCUCCUCAGCCCUGAGGCCUACAAAUAAUACUCUAGGUGACACAAUUGAAACACUACCUUGGUCAGUUACAUUGAUCGUGGUUUCUAUGCUAUCGGCCCUAGUGGGAGCAACACUUAUGGUUACCCUUCGACACUGUUUUAAAAUAAACACGACGGCAGAGCCUCGGUAUGUGGAUGGCGAUGUGACGAAUGCGGACAGGAGAGAAGUUAAGGAUGUAGACAGGGAUCAGGACAGCAGAAGUGGAGGUGUGUGGUGCUGGGUGCGAAGAAGGCCCACGCUCGACAGCCCGUCCGACAUACCUGCAACGAACCAUUACACAGUCGACGAGGCGUACUCAGGAGUCGAGGCGCUCUACGCAGAACUGGACAAGCCCGUUUAUCAAAAUACCGGCUACGUCCUCGAUCCUGACACCUCCUCGCCUCCUAGUUCCGCCUAUUACUCCGACCUCUCUGAGAGGACGUACGAGACUGUAGGCCAAUCUUGGGAGAUGUCUCAGCAUCCUAUGAGUCGUCAUAGGCUCGCCGCCAUAGCAGAGACAGCCCCUAUUCACUCGGACUAUGUCUGAGGGUUUUUUUUUACUGUGAUCCUUGAUCUGUGCAAUUAAUGUUGUCCUGUCGUUUUUAGAAGUCCUUGGCAUCUUCAAUGUUCAUUAUACAAGUGUUCAGAACAAAUUUAUUGUAAAUUGUAUAUAUAGGGAUAAAAGAGGUGACCACAAAGCAUCUCACACCUCGAACUAAAUGAUCUAUUAUAUUGAACCCAAAUUGUAUAUAUACAUUUUCUCAGUUUAAUUUCUCUAUGUAAGAUUGAAGUUUAAAAAACUUCUAUCCCUAUUUAAU